AUGGCGACAAGGACCGUGUGUCAAAUUUUCCAGAGACGAUUGUCAUCCGCUGUAGCGGCUGUGCGUCCUUCUCCUGCAGAGGUGCACAGUCAGCGUAACGCGGUCUUCUCCAGAGAGCAGGCCAGGCAGAGAGCUCUGUAUCCCCGCAUCGAGAAGAUAGAGGUGUCCAUGAAGGGGCCAGGACUGGACGGUACACUCCUGAUCAUGAAUAAAGGAAUGUCAACUCCUCUGAGCUGUGCUAGACAUCUAACUGAGCAUCAUGUGAACAACUCUGCUCUGGCGAUGGUGGAUGGAGAACCGUGGCCCCUGCAUCAGCCCCUCACCCACUCCUGCUCCCUCACUCUGCUUACAUUUAAAGACAGCGACCCAAGUCUCGUCAAUGAGGCUUAUUGGCGUUCCUGCGCUGCUCUGCUAGGACAGGUCCUGGAGACGGCAUUUAAGGACGAUUACCCCGUGGAGCUGCUCAGCACCCCAGAAGUGCCAGUAACUUCAGGGGCUUUCUGCUGUGAUGUACUCCUCGACCCUCAGCUGGACUCCUGGACCCCGUCUGAGGAGACCCUGCGCUCUCUGACCCGAGGGGCCCAGCAGCUGAUCCAUCAGGAUCUGGUCUGGGAGCCUCUGGAGGUCACGCCCCCUGUGGCGCUGGAGGUUUUCUCUCAUAGCAGGUGUAAACAGGAGGAAGUAGAACAGAAAGCUUCACACAGUCCUAAAGGCACUGUUAUGCUCUAUAGAUGUGGUGAUCAUGUGAUGCUGAGUGGGGGCCCCCUAGUGGCCAGAACAGGCCUGUGCUCCCAGUAUGAGGUGACAGCUCUCCACAGCCUGGGUCAAGGCCCCUGGGGCCACCACCGCAGAGCUCAGGGCCUCUCGCUGCCACUGCAGCUUCAGGCUCAUCACACAGUCUGGAGGAAACUGAGGCAACGGGCAGAGAAACUGGUUGAGGUUCUGGAACCUGAAAGAGGGACCCCGUCCGCCCCUCCUAACUCAGCCCGGCCUGCAGCGAACCAGUAACCGCCUCGAUUGAAACUCCAUGCAUCACAUUUGUUCAAUAAAUGCUAUAAAAAUAGCAACAAAUCUG